AUGAUUUAUAUAGAUAGUCACGACAUGGCCGGCUGGUGGACCUUGGUUAUUGCCUUGCAAGUAGUUUUUAUCACAACCUAUUACUUAUGGUCAAAAAAACGAACGAGGUCCCAUGUUCUUCGCAGCAAUGAGAAGCCAAUUGAGUGGAACCCAAAACCAUUGGUCGAGUAUGAUGUGGAAGUCGAGGAACCUCUAAUAAUGGGAACAUUAAAUGAAAAUGUCUUAAAUUUUGGUUCAACGAGUUUCUUAUCUUUGGAUAAAAAUGAAACAAUCAUAGACAGCGCUUUGAAGGCUAUGGAAAAGUAUGGUGUAGGCUCGUGUGGACCUAGAGGCUUUUAUGGCACUAUAGAUGUGCAUCUUGAGUUAGAAGAACGCCUUGCCAAGUUCCUAGAGGUAGAGGAAACAUGUGUAUAUUCAUACGGAUUCUCGACCAUAGCUAGUGCAAUUCCGUCCUAUGCUAAACGAAAAGAUAUUGUUUUUGUGGAUGAAUGUGUUUGGUUUGCAAUACAGAAAGGUCUUGAUGCAUCUAGGAGCAAAAUUUGUUACUUCAAACAUAAUGACAUGAAUGACUUAGAGAGGCAGCUGUUAGAAGCUUCUGAAAAGAAAGAGUUAAACUCACGGAGAAGAGCAUUCCUCAUAGUUGAGGCAAUUUACUUAAAUACUGGAAAAAUGUGCCCAUUAGUGAGAGCUGUAGAAUUAGCUAGAAAGUUUAAAUUGAGAAUAAUCCUGGACGAGAGUCUCUCAAUUGGUGUUUUAGGCAAACAUGGUCGCGGUAUUACAGAAUACCUGAACAUUCCUCGGGAUGAAAUAGAUCUCAUUGUUGGUUCACUGGAGCACUCGUUUGCUACAAUUGGCGGCUUCUGUGCCGGUACACAUUUCAUCGUCGAACAUCAGAGAUUAUCGGGACUGGGGUACUGCUUCAGUGCAUCUUUACCGCCCAUGUUGACUCAAGCUGCCAUUUCAGCUUUAGACAUUCUGGAGGAAAAACCUUCAAUCAUAGAAGAGCUCAAUGACCGAUCUAAGAUGAUGAAUAAGGCUCUUGCUAAGUUAGACCACUACAGAUAUAGCGGUGAUGAGAUAUCUCCGAUCAAACAUGUUUACCUCAAGGAUGACCUGACUGAUCGUCUCAAACAUUCGUACUUAAGGAACAUUGCUGCUUAUUGCUUCGAGAAAGGCGUGGCCUUUGCGGUGUCCGCUUAUCUGAGAGACGUCGAACAUAACUGUCCCGAACCUUCCAUAAGGUUGGUAGCGAGCAGGAAAAUCGACAAUGAAAAUUUGAACUUAAUAUGCACGCUUUUGGAAACGGCUUACAUAGAGGUCGGACCCAAACCUGAUUUGCAACCUGUUCAAUAAUGCCCAAAUAAUAGAUACUUAAUUGUAAUUUUAUUAUUUAUUUAAGUUUAUAUUAUUUUUUAUGUGAUUAUUACUAGAUAAUUUUCUACCUUGUUUUGGAAAUUAUGAAAGCACUGCCAAUUUUAUUAUUAUUAUUAUUGAACGGUUACUAUUCAAACGUAUAAAAAAUUUAUGUAAUUUUUUUUAUUUGUUUACUUAGAAAUGUAUAAUAAAAUCGUCAAAGUAAAAUAAUAAUUACUGGUCCCAAAAAAUUUAUUAAUACAACUCUGAUAUGUAAUGUUUGUGUUAUUUGUUAUUUUUUAAAAUAUGUUUUAGAUAACUUAAGUUGUAUUUUAAAAAUUGACAUGCUAUGUAAUUGAUAGUAAUUAUAAGACCGUUCAGAAGUAAAAGCUGACAUAAUAUCUUCUUAUGGCUAAAACACUUUUCUUUCUUCUAGAAUCACAUUCCUACUUAAGUUUUAAAUAAUUAAAAUAAUAAUUAUAUAGCUUAGAAUAAUAACAUUUGCAUUUUGUUGUAUUAUCAUAAUAUAUAUAAGUAAAAUAUAUUGUAACACCGAUGCCUUAAUAAACAAUA